UCAUUACCAGUCGCGACAGCAAGCAGGGUGUACUUGUACACAGCUGCAGCAGACUCAUGAAUUUGUAAAAAUGCUGCUCGAGGAUCACGAAUCGAGAGGCUGGGCUGCUCUUCCACAGAGGCAUUUUCAAUGUUUUGCUGUAUCCUUUGCGAGCUAGGAGAGGACUUAAAUCCCGAGGGAACAAACUCACAAAGUUGAAUCUGCGCGCACGCAUCACAGUAGAUUGGAAGUAAAAUGUCCUCAGGCGGAAAAUCUCAAGCAACGUGCUAGUAUCUUAAAGCCAUUUGCAGUAUUUGGGCAAACGCGCUACGAACUGGUUCUCAUUCAUCCACGAGAGGUGUCAGGAAUUGCGGAGGUGUCCUGAACGCAUCACCGUGGACUGGGAGUGGGGACUGUGGCUCGUCCCUCCUCCUCCUCCUCCUCCUCCUCUCAGCUUGCGGUCUAUCUUCCUUCUCCACGGCGGCAGGUUCAGCUGCAGCAUCGUGAGUAAGGGACGGGGAACGCGUCUCUCUGUGGCCGCUGGUGGACAGAGAAGUGUGACAGACGCGCGCGGAUCUCCACAGAGGAUUAAGCUCACCUGUGCGACGGAAGAAAACCCUGGAAGGGAAAAACACUCGCAACCGCAAAGUGCAAGGGAGAGAACCUGAGAUUCACCCCAGCCGAAGAACAGUCAGACCAUGCUCACACUAUGACCCCAGCCAUGGUUCGGUCUGUAAUGUUGACAGUCCUGAUGUGUAUUUCCCUGGCUCCCCUUGUGGUUCAGUGUUUGGAGCCUGAUGAUGGAGCCCCUCUACGUUCAGGUACCCGAGAACUUCCGUGGCAGGAUGAGUUGUGCUGUGACUCACCCCCAGCCCACUUCAAUCUGGAGGGAGGCAACGCGGACACAUCGGAGACAAAUCGCUCCGGUUCGAACCUCCCACACCAACCCCGCUGUACCUUCAGGAGCACGACAACUGAAUCACGUCCUCAUGAGCCCUAUGGCGGAACCUGUUUGUACAUCCAGUGCAGCAUUGAUGAAAACUGGGGCAAUCUAACCUGUGAUCUUCAGUCUAACGGCCAGUCCUCAGGCAGGCUGUCUGCUGGUCUCAGCUUACGGCGGCUGUUGCCUGGAGAAAGAAACGACACAGAGGUGAACGGGGCUCCGUCUGAUAAUUCCGUCAUUUGCGAAGCCGAGGAUUCCUUCACGUGCUCUGUCGCUCUCAGCCCUGCAACGAGCGCCGUCGCCGUGGUGGCAGUCACCAUCUCUGACGCCGUGGCUCCACCGGUUCUGCUCAGAGUUCCCGCUCGACCCGAGAAACCGAGUCCUCCAGUCAACAUCUCACACAUUCAGACCAUUGAAGGGGAGCUGAUGUUACUCUGGGACGCGCCGCUGGACUUUAAGGCCGGCCCGCUGAGGUACGAGGUCCGGUACUCCUCCAACAGAAGCCACCCAGCCUGGCAGGUGGUGACUGCACCUGGUGAGCGCAGGUUAUCUCUAGACCCGAGGGCGGGACCUAACUACACCAUCCAGGUCCGCUGCUCCGGCCUGAGCGCGCCUCCGCUGUGGAGCGAGUGGAGCGCACCAUACCACAUCUUUCUGCAAACGGUGAGCUACAUCCCCGAGAAGAUCGUGGUGCGGCCCGGGGAGAACGUAACGGUGUAUUGCGUGUUCAACAACCGCAGCAUCAACGCCAGCACGGCCGCGUGGAAGCUCGACCUCCAGCAGCCGCUUCAUCCCAGCCAGUACCACUCAGUCAAUCCCUGGGUCAGCCGGAUCACAAUGCAGCCUUCGGCGAAUCGGAUGUACGUCUUGCUGAGUUGUCCGCAGAACUGGAGCAAACCUUACAGCCAGAUCUUCGUAGAAGGGGCUUUCAUCAAUAUAACGUGCAAAACCAACGGAGACCUGGACGCGAUGGACUGCAACUGGAAGAACAAGGAGAGGACGACGCUCGAACUGAAGUUCAAGUGGGCUGACCUGCCGUGCGACGUGAUGCAGGAGAGGGAGCGAGCGGGUGAGGAAGUGGGGGAGAUGGGGCCCGCAUGCAGCCAGGUCAGGCCCAAGCAGAAGACCUGCACCAUCUACCCUCUGAACAUGAACUGCUACAAGCUGUGGCUGGAGGUCCCGUCCAAACUGGGCCGCAUCAGCUCCAAACCGGUCUACCUGUCACCCGUCGAUCACGUAAAACCCAACCCACCCACUAAUGUGAAGGCAGUGAGCCAGAGCAGUGGCGUCCUGAAAGUCACUUGGAAGCCUCCGCCUCUCCCAGUCCAAGGGGUCCAGUGUCAGUUUCGGUACUACUUGCCGUCCUCUCUGAGAGCCCAGCCAGACUGGAAGGUCCAGAGCUCGGUGCGCGUUCCCUGGGCGGAGGCUGCGGUGCCGGACAUGUGCCGGGUGUAUGUGGUCCAGGUGCGCUGCAUGCACACCAACGGCACCGGCUACUGGAGCGAAUGGAGCGACUCCGUCUACUCCACGGCACAAAACAGCAGAGUGCCGGAGCGUGGCCCCAAUUUCUGGAGAAUCCGUCGAGAUGAUCCGCAGAAAAACCAGUCGAAUAUCACUCUGCUGCUUGAGCAUCUCCCAGUGUCAGGGAGCUCCUACUGUGUGGACGGAUUCAUAGUGGAACACCACACCUCCAGCGGCUCGGUGACGAGGCAGCCGAUCGAGCUGACGUCCUCCUACAGCUUUGAGUGGAACCAGGAGCAUCAGACUGUGACCGUGGAGGCCUACAACAAUCUGGGGAGCUCCGCUAGCAACGUAAACAUGACGCUGGAGAGACAGCCUAAACGCCGCUGCGUCCGUUCUUUCCACGUGAUGGUUAUCAACAGCACCUGCGUGUCUCUGUCAUGGAGCCUGUCGGAUAACAGCUCUGUGCCUCUGUUCAUGGUCGUCCAGUGGUCGUCGCAGAGGCAGCAGGACUCCGAGGACUUUGACCAGAGUGGAGAAACGUGGGCGAGACUUCCCUAUACCGAUUCCCCCGUCUACCUGAGAGGUGAAUUCUUUGGCUCUGAGGAUUACGGCUUCCACCUGUACCCAAUAUUCGCUGAGGGAGAAGGGGAGCCAGUCUACACUUUAGCUACCAGAGGAGAUCCCGCAGCCUACAUGAUGCCGAUGAUCUUCUCCUUCCUCACCAUCAUCCUGUUUAUCACCCUGGUCCUCUCUCAAAACCAGAUGAAAAGGUUUGUGUGGAAGGACGUUCCCAACCCAAAGAAAUGCUCGUGGGCUAAAGGAGUAGACUUCAAAAAGAUGGACACCUUUGACCACAUGUUCAGACCUCCAGAGGGUCUUCAAGCCUGGCCGCUGCUGCUCCCCACCGAGAACAUCUCCAAAGUCAUCAUAGUGGACAAAGCUCUGACCACAGCCCUGAUCCAAAACCCGCUCGUCCCCCUGACCCCUGACCUUGACGCUCCCUUAGCUAUGUCCUUAUGUCCUGGGAGAACCGAGCAGGCUGUGGAUUGUGAGACAUUCCUGGGUGUUGUCCCGUCCAUAGCCAUUAACCAGGAUUCUUUAACCAAUUCAAGCUCAAUAAUAGAUGAACUGCAGCCAGUGGAUCCCUCGCUGGACCUUCGUCCAGGUAGCACUGACAGCUCUGCACAGUCGUCCGUCACGUACUCCACCGUGCUGCAGUUUGAUCCGAAGCAGGACCAGCAAAACUUUCAUCUCCGCUUUAAGGACGGCAGUGGCAGCAGCUCCAGCGACGAGGGCAAUUUCUCCGCCAACAACUCUGACAUUUCCGCAUCCCUCCACGGCGGCAUGUGGGAGCUGGACAGCUGCUGCAGCAGGGAGAUGGACGACCCGAGACACUCCGGCUCCUACAACUCCGUGGAGGAGCUUUCCGAAACCUCGGAGCAAGAGGACGAAGCGGAGGCGAGGCAGGAGAAGGUGCUGUAUUAUCUACGAAUGGAGUAUCCGGCAGAGGAGGAGGAGAGCGAAGGGGAAGAGCAGAGCAGAGAGGAGACAAGAUCUGAGCUUCUUAAAAAGGCUGCUGUGGACAGGCAGGACUGCUCCGCCGAGUCAAACCCUUUGCUCGGCUACGAGGACUCGAGUGAGCCCGGCGAGCUGCUCUCAGCGCCGCCAUGCGCCUUCACCUCGCUCUACCUGCCUCAGUUAAGUACUGCUCCAUGCACGAGGCAGCUCAUAGUUCAGAACCAAGACAGGAGCAGCGAGCCGUGAUUGAAAUGCGCACCAUUAAAAGUCUGUCGCGUCGUAAGCUGCGCCAUGAUCCAGCAUUUACCAAAGCCGAUUUGCAUCUGUUCCUUCAGACACAGUGAGGUGCGGAGCUGGAAAACGCGUGAAUACCUCAACUGAUUUGUGGCUGCAAAUUGAUGUUCAUCAGUGCUGCUAUUGUGUUUUGUGGAACGAGACAUCAGGAGGGCACAAGCCUAAUGAGUAGGCAUUUAUUUAUUUCUUUACUUGGGCUUAAAAACCCAGAUCCUACUGUGCCACACUGCCGUUUUGCAGAAUAUGCCACCGAUGCAGGAGCUUUGGCUGAGAAUGAGUGUAAAGAGAAAAAAAAAAAAGCAGGCCGCUCAAGAAGCGUGUAGCUGUUCAGAAAGGGAGAAAUACGGGAGGCAGGCUUUUUGUGGCUUCAUACAUCCUAUAGCACAACGUAAAAUGUACGCAGCAUAUUCCACAAGAGGUUGUACCACAUUCACUGCCAUCAUUUGCUACCAUCGUAAUGUGGAAAACUGGUUAUUUCUGCUACGUUUAAGUAGAAGCUGAAAAAGGCUCAGAGAAAAUAAAGAGAUGCUCUGCGAGAAAGAGGCGAUGCACGAUUCUGCAGUUUGGGUUUUCUCAAAGUGUCUUUAACCUCCUGUGACCUAAGCAUUUGUUUGGAAUGCAUCUUAAUUUCUUUAAGAUAAGAUUGUCAUCUUUACGUAUUUGGGAUUAGCAGGACCUAAGUAUGAGAAAAAAAGCAUCUUCCUUGAACUGGAAGUAGUAAAAAAAUGUGUUGACGCAGGGAUUAUUUCACUGCAUAUUACAAUUUGAGUGUACCAAAAUAUGAAACUGUGUAUUUUAAUGCAAAAACACAAUUUGGAAACAAUGAAAUCCCAACAAUUGUAUUAACCCUUUGCCACCAACAUGGCAGACAAAAGUGUCCCCUUAUGAGGACAAAAGGUCUAAAUAAAGCAGCUGCCACAAACAUAAGACAUGGCGUCGUCAUAUGGACGCCAUGUAGGUCUAAGGAGUUCAACAAUGAAGGCAACACUUCAAAGCUAUCGUUACGUCUAAAUGAAAACCAGCUGAUGGCAACAAGGUCUGUAGACGGUGAGUAACAGCAGGUGAUCUUUGGACACAUCCCCAGGCAGCUUGUACAUUAACAUCUGCAUGGACGAACUCACCCGCCAACCUCGAGCCUUUUCUUUUUGUGCUGUAAUGUAUUUGAGACUUGGUUACAGUAUGUGAAAUGUGAUAGCUAUUUUUUUGUCCGUUCUUGGUCACUUGACAUCGACAAUGUCUGUAUUCUGAAAACAAAAAAAGAAUGUAUAUUUGAAUCCAGGCAAAAUUAAAAAUAAUGAAAAUCUAGAAACCUGACUGGUUUAGAUUAUUCUAUAUGGAGGUCUUUUGUCUAUUUUUCAUGGCAAAAAAUAAAAGUAUUUAUUGUG